AUAAUUCUAUUCGAUUCCGGUGCUACUCGACACAUGUCCCCUCACCGACACCGCUUCGUAAACUAUGAGUCCAUUUCCCCAAAGCCCAUCCACGCCGCCGACAAACACGUCUUCAAGGCCGUCAGCAAGGGCGACAUGUACGUCACCCUCCCAAAUGGCAACCGC